AUGGCGAGACAAGGUCUGCACGAUAGAGUUUGGAAAUUCGACACCCGUCGAGGGAAACCGCCAGCGCCGACCGACGCAGCAAUAUUUCACUCGACCACACCAAAGGUGGAUUGCAUUCGAGUUUCUAAUAGUGGGGACGCGACGGGUGUCGACGACGACGACGACGACGACGACGUGCUUCAACACGAUUCACCAUUGCAACACCACACCAACAUUGCAUGCCGUCUGAAUCAGCGUCUUCCGACAGAAGCCCGACCGAGUCAUCGAAUCAAUAUCGUCAAUAGUAAUCGAUAA